CCCCCCUGUUCUCGGUCUUGUACCUAACCACCUCUCUAUCCUGGCACCCUAGAGCUGCGGUGCAUGUGUUGCUCAAACUCACCUGUUUACAAAGUACUGCCUACGUGGGAUAUACCUGUGCAUUUGCUCUUCCUCUUCCAACGAUUCCGUUCCUCCCUCGCUCACUCACUCUCGGUAAUCGCCUUGCUUCGCCUUCGAACCCGCGCAGCCUGGAGCGGCUGAGGACCUUGAUCGACUCCACCCCACGGCGUUGUCUACUUUCAGCUGGCGAUGAACUUCGCACUGCCUUUGCCCUCGCCAGAUGAACUUGUCUAUGUUUGACCAUUCGGUGAACGUGUCGGCUGUUCUUGACGAGUACCACAGCUGAGGCAACCGCAGUCCGGUCCCCGCAGCCAAUGCUCUUGGGCUCUCCAGUGCUUGUUCACAGAAGCAUGUCUCAUAUACCCUGAAGCAAUCGGUAAAAUCACCUCAGAUAUUCCUCGUCUACGCCUCAGCAUUCAGAUUCGCAUGCGCGCUUUUGCGUGUUCAUGUCGAGCAUCAGCCGGACCCGCUAAAUUCCCCGUUCCUACCGUACUACAACAUACAGUUAGACUACGAUCACGACCGAAAUGAUUUCUGACGAACAAUACGAUCUUUGUCGUCCUAUUCUCGACGAUCCGACCAUAGAAGAGGAGGAUAAGACAGAGCGUCUGGAAGAGUUGUUGGGCAAAGUGCCUGGUCUCAAGGGAGCAGCCUUGGAAAAUGCCGUCCUUGAUGCCCUGUGGAAACAUCGAAAUGCUCAACGAGGAGAGACUUCCGAGACCCCCUUGCGACAUCAUGUCAUUCGCAAGUCAUCUCCCGCUCCCUGGCAGGCCAAUCGUGCUCCUACGCCCUUAGGAUCGCCUCCUCCGCUCUCCUCGAGCCCCGCGCUCUCGGCAGGAUUUCCAGCCUCGCGGCCCAGCUUCUCCCGCCAGAAAUCCAAUAUCCCGUCUCCUUUUGUAUCUCCCCGGCCUUCACCACGCCUUGCUCUGGCGCAACCUAUUCCUCACAGCCCUAGCCUGAAUGCUUACGAAUUUUCCGACGCGAGUCCGGCACCGGAUACGUACGGCGACUAUGGACACGAGAACGUUGACUGGCUGUUGGCCGACGAGACUACCAGUAACGCUUCCUCCACCGCUACCGGGGGCUUGAGCGCUGCUGCACCAGAAUGGGUUCCUCAACCAGAUAUGAGUCCCUACGACAUCUUGCGUUCCGUCCUGGGCGACCGAAAGACGGAUGAAGAAAUCGAGGAAGCACUAAACAAGAACUCGUACGACUUGGGCGCUACCAUCGCGUCCUUGCUUGGAACAGACACUGCCGACGCACAAUAUACGGGAGUUCCGUCGACCGAGAACAACGUGCUGGUCGGCAAAUCCAUGGCAGUCAACCAUGCCCGACCUUCCACCCCUGGCCCGCAAAAGAAUCCCAUCGUCUGCAAAUACUGGCUUACAUCAGGCUCCUGCCUUCGUGCUGACUGUCGUUUUGCCCACGACACUAGCGGCUAUCUGUGCAAAUACUGGAUGAAUGGGAAUUGUCUCGCCGGCGAUGCGUGCCAGUUCUCGCACGAUCCCGCGCUUCUCAUCAAUCAUCUCACUGUUGGCGAAGGCCCUGUUGCUCCACAGCCAUUUCAACUUCAGGAUCAUUACGAACAAUUUCCCUCGCUUACCAACCAGAACAUCAGGAGCACCCUUCAAGCCGGUCUGGCCGCUGGAAACACCUUCGUUCCUGCCAAUCAAAAGAAUCGCGGUGCUUUGGGUAGUUUGGGCGCUGGGCCCCGAGCUCAUUCUCGGCCCAACUCGCGUCAUCAAAAUCGACCAGAGACGCCCUCAUCUUUGUCUAUGGACGACCCUGAAGCGUUUCCAAGUCUAGGCUCCGCAAAACGGGGAUCCAAGCAUCAUGGACACCGGUCGAGACACGGUCAUUCAAGCGCAGAGAAGGAGACACCCUCCUCGCUUGCAGAGGUUGUUCGCAUGUCUCCGUCCCCGGUCACUGGUCAGCAGCGCAAAGGCGACACAGGACGCAAGAUCAGAACGUAUGGAGGCUCCGAGAGUGCGGCGGCACGGAAGAUUCCCGAACCUCAGCAUAUCCCGUGGCUUGAGACUGGCGCUCGUGCCAAUCAGCAGUAUUUGAAAUACAGGCAGGAGGCGAUCAAGCACGGAAGUAUACGAAACAAAUUCCUGCAAAGGUAAGUUCCCCGCGACGCACUCCCAUGAUUUUCAUGAACAAUGCUGAGAGAGCCCAAAGCGCGGCACAAGCAUGGAACCGGAAUGACGCCCGGGCUGCGAAAGCCCUCUCUCUCCGGGGCCAGGCCGAAAAUGAUGCGAUGCGCAAAGCCCACCGCGAAGCUGCCAAGGCCCUCUAUGAGGAAAGAAACAAACAUCUCUCUACAUCCCCCGUUGACGACGACGAAGAACUUUACAUUGACCUCCACGGCCUGCACCCCGAAGAAGCCAUCGAGUAUCUUGAGAACAUCCUCCUCACCCAUUCUAAGAGAGGCAGAAGAAUCAUCUAUGCAAUCACGGGCACAGGCCAUCACUCCAAGAAUGGGAAAGACAAAGUGGGGAAAGGGGUGAGGAACUGGCUGAAUGAAUGGGGUUACACCUUUCGCGAGUUUAGUGUACCGGGCGAAAGGGGAGGAUACAUCGGUGGUGUGCUGGGGAUUGAUAUUACAAGUCACAGGCGCCAACCCAUCUCCGCCGAAGAAAAGGGGGAUGGACUUGAAGAAACGUCACCGACGCCAGCCGUAGCGACAGCUGUGGGAAGUGGAAGGAUCCAGGUUCUCAAGCGUGAGGAAGUGCCUGCGUAAAGCUUGUGGCAGCGGUUUGGUUUGGAUAUACAGCACGACGGUUGUGACCAACCUUGAUGCUGCGAAUCAGACGGAAGGCCAUGGUAGGACCUUCCUGGCUAGAUCUCAUGGGGGCGAUCCGAAGCCCAUCCCUCAGACUGUACUGAGCACCGAUCUUGUGGCUGCAGCCAGAUCCACGAGCCAUGGGAGGAAUUGAUAUGCUUUUUGUGGACCAUUCACGUGGACUCUUCCACCAUUUUAAAUAUACACUGCGUAUGUCCAAAAUGUUAAUAUCUGCCAUGGUGCAUUUUUCCA